GCGGGGCCCACACGACGGAGGGAACCCCAUCUAGUCCGACCCUCGCUCUUUGGACCCCGCUAGGCCUCAGUCAUCUUCUAGUCCCCAGAGCUGACUUUCUUGGCUGGCCGACGUGCGAGAUGCAAGCCGGGAAGCCAGUUCUCUACUCCUAUUUCCGAAGCUCCUGUUCAUGGAGAGUUCGAAUCGCUCUGGCACUGAAAGGCAUCGACUAUGAGACGGUGCCCAUCAACCUCAUAAAGGACGGGGGGCAACAGUUCUCUGAGGAAUUUCAGACCCUGAAUCCCAUGAAGCAAGUGCCAACCCUGAAGAUUGAUGGAAUCGUCAUUGGCCAGUCACUGGCCAUCAUGGAGUACCUGGAAGAGACUCGGCCCACCCCACGUCUCCUGCCUCAGGACCCACAGAAAAAAGCCAUUGUGCGCAUGAUUUCCGACCUCAUCGCUAGUGGCAUCCAGCCCCUUCAGAACCUGUCUGUCCUGAAGCAAGUGGGACAGGAGAACCAGUUGCCUUGGGCCCAGAAGGUUAUCACCUCUGGCUUUAAUGCUCUGGAGCAGAUUCUGCAGAGCACGGCAGGGAAGUACUGUGUAGGAGAUGAGGUGACCAUGGCUGAUGUGUGCCUGGCACCCCAAGUGGCAAAUGCUGAAAGGUUCAAGGUGGACCUCAGCCCCUACCCUACCAUCAGUCACAUCAACAAGGCCCUGCUGGCCUUAGAGGCUUUCCAAGUGUCUCACCCCUGUCGACAGCCAGAUACGCCUGCUGAGCUGAGGGCCUAGCUCCCAAACCACGCCCCGUCGGUACAGGGAGGGGAAUAGGGCUCCGAUGCUGGGUAAGCCAAACAGGCUCAGAAGUGAGUGAGUUGUAGAAGAGGACUUGAACUUGACCUCUUCCCUCAGGAAGCAGCAGAAACUCUUGGGAGUCCAUGACAUUUCUUUGAGGCCCCCAGCAUUAGAGUUUUCUCUAGAGAAUUGAAAUUAGUAGACUAUAUCUCCCCUUCAACUUGAUCCUGCCUUAAUCCUCUCAUCUGUCAUAUGUUAGGAGUGGGCGUGGGCAGAGACAUGACCAGCUGUAAUGGCUAAUGCUGUCAACUUGAAAAAACACCUCGAGUCACCUGGGAGAAUGUCGGG